GGAAGAAGCCGUCCGUGCCCGUCCUCCUCCCCCCAGGCCGGGUCAGGACCGAGUCAGAACCGAGUCCGCGUCACCGACGAGUUUGAUUUAGAAUCGAAAGUGAAACCGCCGGAACUGAUGAGACCCGGAACUACAUACACACCGGCUCGUGUUUCCGCUCCGGACUCUAAUCCUGAAGGACCCGAGGACUCCAACAUGGCGGCCGUGUCAGGUUUACACUCGGACUGAAAACAUGCGGAUUAAUGCACGUGAUUGAGUCGUGAUGUGGGUCGCGAGACGGAUCCUGACCCCCGCUGUCCUCACAGGACGCUGCACGGCGCCGUGCCGCCGCCCGCCCGAGUCCCCGCCGCGCUUCCUGCAGUGCUCCACCUGCUGGAGGAGCCGCGUCCCGCUGGCCGACCCGGACCUCUACCAACCCGCAGAACCCCGAUGUGCCCCCGAGAUCGUCACGGACGCCGCCCCGCUGGACUCGCUGUACACCCCCGAGCAGCGCCUCGCCAUCCUGCGGCUCCUCAACACCGCCCCUGAGCCCGAGCUCGCCGCCGUCAAAAUGCUCCGGGGACGGAAAUCGGCCAACAUCGUGGAGUACCGGAUCAGGAACGGACCCUUUAAGGAUCUGGAGAGCGUCGUGAACGUGCCGCUGUUGAAGCACAAGAGCGCCGUCAUGGCGUUUAACUCCAUCCUGUAUCCCAGGGAGAAGGAGAAGAGGAAGGGGAGGAUUCAUCUCGCCAAGUUCAUCAGACCCGAAGUGGACAAGGCGCUCUUAGAGGACGCAGGCUCAAUGGUGUCCAUCGUGUGUGGGACAAACAGGAUCGCGUGGACGCACAUGGACCGGUCGAUGGCGGUGUUGGACUGGCAGCAGGAGGAGUGUCAGAGCUUCAUGAAGGGAACGUACCUGGCCUCCAGUUACCUGGACGAUGUUUCCCGCGUCGUGUCGAACCUGCCGGCAGCGGAUUUCUACGUGGUGGAGAAGCCGAGCGUGUCGGUCCAGAACACGGCGCUGUUCCCGGUCGUGGUUCACCUGCGCACGGUGGAGGCCAUGCUGUUCGCUCUGCUGAGCGCCCGGAGAGGAGACGCCGCCACAGAGACGCCCAAUGUCCUCAACAUGAUGCGCACGGCCGUGGGACGCCACUUCGGCCUGAUUGUGGGCGAGAGCCGGACGAGUGGUGGCGAGCUGGUGAGGAAGAUGAUGGCCGACUCGGCGAUGAAGAAGAUCCCGCGCGUCAUCUUCCCUAACGAGCUUCUGGUGCGCUACAGCGGAGCGUUCCACUUCAGCAGCCGCAACAGAGGACAGGAGAUGUGUGACGCUCUGCUGCAGGCCGUCGCCUUCUAUGAGCUGCUCGCGGCCUCACGCUGAG